CUCCCACAAAAAAAAUAUUUAAAUUUAAAAAAUAAAUAAAUAAAUAAAAGCUACUUUAAAUAGGCCCUUAAAAUUGACAGGUAAUCACGAAGUUUCAGUUUCAGCGAAUGAUCCUCUAAGAGUAUAGUCAAUACUUUAAGUUUGCUUCAGUUAUGAUCAGACAAGCUGUCAGAUGAUCACUGCUAUUCUAAAGUUUCCCUAUAAGUUCACAGGCACAUUGUCAACGAGUACCUCGGGGUUUGUCGAGUUGGCGUGCUCGCGAGUGCGCUUCUUCUUGUGGACUAAGAGCAAGCUGGCGAGAGCAAGUCAAAAUCAAGAACCUGGAGUUGACAGAGCCCAAGAUGGCGCUUCAGUGCCCGGUCAUCUGGAACCACUUGGUUCAAAGAACGUGAAACAUUCACUAGAAGUAAUCCAAAGUUAUCCUGACCCCAAAACGUUCUUUAAAACGUACGUGGUCCCAAGCAAACCAGUUCUGAUUCAAAAUGCAGCCAAAAUUUCACCAGCUUUCCAAAAGUGGACCGACGAAUACUUCUUGUCCCGUCCCGAGUCGAGCGAGGCAACAAUUCAGGCGGAGCAGAGAAAGAAAGAAGAACGAACCACACCAGACAAGGAUAUUUUAUUCAGUGAAUUUGUGAAAAGCUACAAGGAAAAGAAUAUUUAUAUGGUGAGCUCUGUGCCUGAGUUUAUGAGGAGCGAUGUUGUUCUUCCUGCGCCACUCUUAUGCCGAGAUAUUACAGAAAGUGACAUGCUGAGUGAUGCAAUAAUGUGGUUUAGCAGUGGAGGGACCAAGUCUGUUCUGCAUCAGGAUGACGGACUGGAAAACAUCAACUGUCUGUUUGCUGGAACCAAAGAGCUUUUAUUCAUUGAUUAUCACAAGUACAAACACGUGGUGCCCAUUGAUUUCCCGUCUGGACGAUACUCUGGUGUGGACGUGGACAGAGUUGACUUUGUGAAGUAUCCCGGUCUUAUUAAUGUCGAGUAUUACAAUGUAACUAUGCAAGCGGGAGACUGUUUGUAUAUUCCACAUCGUUGGUUUCACCAAGUUCGCUCAUAUGAUCGCAACAUAGCAGUGAAUCUAUGGUGGAAGUACACACCAGAGUUUGUUCCUGAGGACUGUGACGGAGUCGAACCAAAUCAAACUUUAGACAAGGUUACCUUUACCUCACUUGACAACGACCUCGAACAAUCGGAAAUUACCGUGCUGACUCAUUUACAGUACUUUCUUGGAAAAAGGGACGAAAUUUCCUUCAAGCAAUUUGUGAAAAAAUUGAAAAAGGAUCCCAGUUUUGGCAACAGCAAAGAAAUCGAGUGGACAGGGGAGAUGAAAUCAACAACGAAAAAGUUAUUUAAAUUAAUGGACAUGGAUGGGGACAGAUCCUUCUCUUCUGGUGACCUUGAAAAACUAGAAAAUGCAGACGAUACAACCAUGAACGCCCUUAGUAAUGAAUACUACAGACUGUACGACUUGGUAGAAAAAGCAAUAGACUACAUUAGUGAGAACGAUGAAGAACUAUAUGAAGAAGAUGACAACGGUGGUGCUGCUGACGAUUAUGAUAUUGAGCCAAUUAAAAAAACCGCUGAUGAAAAGACUCGGGAAGAACUCUGAGGAACAGUUUUUAGCUUACUUAGUUGUCAUGCAGUUCAAGAAUUUGGAGCACCGACGUUCUUGUGAUAUCACAGGGAGCACACAAUCUUGUUGAAUAGGAAGAGCGUAAAUAAAGGAAUGAAGAGAACGAAUAGUUAGCCUUUGUCUCCUCUUGUUAUUACUUACGCGACCUUACAGGGAACACCGCUACCUACAAGUUCUUUGUAACACAGUAGUGCUAAACUCGUACUUAGGCCAUUUCGCGCUCUGCAAAUUUUUUUUUUUGGUUUACAUAUAACGUUGACUAUAUGUAAACCAAAAAAAAAAUUUGCAGAGCGCGAAAUGUCCUAGGUACGAGUUUAGCACUACAGUGUUACGCGGGACUUGUAGGUAGCGAUUUUCCCUGUAAGGUCCCGUAGAAAAUAACAACAGGCAAAGGUUAACUAUUCGUUCUUUUCAUUCCUUUAUUUACUCUCUUCCUAUUCAACAAGAGUGUGUGCCCCCUGUGGGGGUAUUUUAAAACAAAAUGCGAUUUUUUGAACAUAAAUGAGUUUAUGUUUUUGAACUGUUACAAUUAGGAGGUAAAAAUAGUAUAAGUAUUGUCUAUGG